AUCUAGAUAUAAAAGGCAAAACACACUUUUUCCGAUCACGAUAAUUGUUUUUUGUUGCUAGUAAUCAUUAUUGCGAUCAAACAUGAAAUUUCUCUAUGUUUUCAGCCUUGUUGUAGCGUUGUUGUGUUUCUUGCCCGUAUCAUGGUCAGUGAAACCGGAUGAAUUUGCUCAGGAUUGCAUCGAUUCGCUGACUGGUGCCAAUCUAAUACAAUGGUGUCGAACUGGUGCUCUCAUCGAUUACGAUCCAAUCCGUUUGCACACAAAUGUUACCACUGUUUGGGAAACCUGUUGUCAAGCUUUCGAUGAACUUGAAUGUUAUCAACAACAAGGACAGAGGUUUUGUCCAUACAACAUAUUCCUUCAUCUCAAACAAUACAUCCAAGAAUCCCGUCAGUUUUUCGCCAAAUCAUUUUGUAAAAAUCCUGGCUACAACCAAUGGCAAGAAUAUUGCCAAAAUCUUACCUAUCAGGCAUUACAUCAUAAUGAUGAUCACCAUCAUAAACUGGAACUCUUUUUACCCGAUCCAAACAACGAUCAAACCCGCCAAUGUUUGAAUGUUAUCCAAAAUCUUACCGACGAUGGUGAUCGAAUCGAAUUCUGUCGCCAACAAACAUUCAAAGAAUUGCCCAAAAAAUUCGACGAAAGCAUCAAUUCGAAAAUAUUUUGCUGCGCCCAAUAUAAUUUCAUGGAAUGUAUUGCAAAACAAGCGCAAAAUUAUUGCCAUUCAACUCAACGAUCGAAUCUUUUGGAUUGGUCCAGGCAGAUAUUUGGAUGGGCAAGUGACAAAAUAUGUCAUUCACUACCUUACUAUGAGAAUGGCGAUGAAAAUCAUCUCGAUUCGCAAACAUCUGCCACUUGCCGUCGCUAUGGUUAUGAUUUGAGGGACAAUUUCAUUGGCAAAGAUUCCGCACACAAUUCCAGCAGCAAAUGGUGGCUAUUCAUCCCGAUUACAUUGGUUAUUGGCGUCAUCAUAGGCGCUAUUUAUUAUUACAAAUAUCGUUAG